UAGAAUUAUAGUAAUAUACAUAUAGCUUUGGCAACAUUGAAGAAUACAAUCUUGUGAUCUCUUUGAAAAGUGAUCAACUUGACGUUGAUUAAAUAUUUGUAUUAAGUUUGUAGUUGUAAUAAAAUCGUAUCAUUAUAUUUCCAUGUUAAUCGAUUUAAUUAUCAUAAUAUAACAGUUGAAAUUAUAGACAAUUUAAUACGUGCUAAUUUCAAAAAUUGAUAUUAUCUUAAUUCCAUCGUUAUCAGUUGUAUAAGUACCAGUACUUACUUACGUUGAUACUUGUGUAAAAAUACUUUUAUAAAAUUAUGGAUAAAAUAAGAUUUGCAGUACUGAUUGUUAGCGAUAGUUGCUCCAAGAAUAAAAAUGAGGAUAAAAGUGGACCGGAAAUAGAAGAUUGCAUUGAUAAUGAUAAAAAUGAAAUCGGGCAAAUUCUCAAGGGCAAAGUAUUCUAUAAAAGUAUAGUUCCCGAUGAUCAAUAUAGAAUAAAGGAAAAUUUAAUAACUUGGAGCGACAGUAGGCUUGUGGAUGUUAUUCUUACAGUCGGCGGUACAGGAUUUUCCAAGCGGGAUGUCACUCCGGAAUCAACAAAACAAGUGAUUGAAAAAGAAGCUCCUGGUAUGGUUAUCGCGAUGUUAACUUCAAGCUUAAAAAUUACUGAAAUGGCUGUGCUAUCUAGAGCUACAUGCGGCAUAAGAGAUAAAACGCUAAUUAUUAAUUUACCUGGAUCACCAAAAGCUGCAAAGGAAUGUUUAGGUGUAAUUGCACCUGCUAUUCCACAUGCGGUUGAUUUACUUAGAGACAAUAGAAAACAAAUAAAAGACACGCACGAAAAUGUACAAAAUAAUUCCGUUAGAAAUGUUUCUUCUCACAAAUGUGAGAAAAAGACUUUGUUGUGUUUAGGAAAUGUAGUCGAUCGGUGUAGAGAAUCACCAUAUCCGAUGAUUUCUGUCGAAGAAGCUUUACAAAUGAUACAUAAUAACACAGAACCGUUAAAAUUUGAAUUGUUAGUAGCCGUGGAAGAAGCUUAUGGUAGAAUAUUGUGUUGUGAUUUAUAUUCCAAAUAUAACUUACCACCGUUUAGAGCUUCUAUUAAAGAUGGCUACGCUGUCUUAGCGAGUGAUGGAAAAGGCAGUAGGAAAGUUUUAAGCGGAAUAAAGGCAGGAGACAUCGCCACUGCAAUUAAACUUCAGCCUGGUACUUGUGUAAGGGUAAAUACAGGUGCUCCGAUUCCAGAUGAUGCAACAGGAGUUGUACAAGUUGAAGAUACUAAACUAUUAGAAGGAACUUUGGAUAAUACAGAGGAAAAGGAAAUUGAAAUUUUGACAGAAAUAAAACACGGACAAGACAUCAGACCCAUUGGCUGUGAUAUCAAGAAAGAAGAAUUAAUUUUAAAGGCAGGAACAAAACUUGGAGCAGUAGAAUUAGGUCUUCUCUCUGCAUGUGGUUACACAAAAGUAUCAGUUAUUGAUCUUCCAAAGGUUGGUGUCUUAUCCACCGGAGACGAAUUACAAUGUCCAGGAACAGAUUUAAUGCCUGGGCACAUAUACGAUAGUAAUAAAGUUACUUUAUUAUCGCUAUUAAAAGAAAAUGGCCUUGAUCCUGUGGACCUGGGUAUUGCACAAGACGAGGAGAUUAUCAUGAUAAAUAAACUUGAGAAUGCUUUGAAACAAGUCGAUGUUCUUAUUACGUCGGGUUCCGUAUCAAUGGGCGAUAGAGAUAUGUUGAAGCCUAUUUUACAACAUCAUUUUAAUGCCACGAUACACUUUGGACGCUUGAAUAUGAAGCCUGGGAAACCAACUACAUUUGCAACAUGUUUGUUCGAAGGCAAAAAAAAAUAUUUAUUAUGCUUGCCAGGUAAUCCAGUUUCUGCAACGGUCACUAUGCAUUUAUUUGCAUUGCCUCUAUUAAAGUUGUUGUGCAAGGACUCUUCCACGCCUACUAUUUUAAAGAGCAAAUUGACGACAUCUUAUAAUUUGGAUCCACGUCCGGAAUAUGCAAGAGCAAUUUUAAAAUGGAACGAUACAGAUACUUUGCCGCUGGCUUACAGUACCGGGAACCAAAUUAGUAGUAAAUUACUUAGCUGCAAAGAGGCAAAUGCAUUAUUAAUGUUACCAGGACGUACAGCGAAAAUAUCUGAAGUACAUCAAGGAGAUGUAGUGCAAGCAAUGUUACUGGGAUUAAGAAAUUGCACAUAAUCAAGCGAAAGAAGGAUUCCAGUGAAAAUAAUACAUUGUUAUAAUUGUUCUAUGGAUUUAUAUAUUUUUCUUAAUGCAUCUGAAAUGUAUUUAUAAAUAAUGAUUGUUGGAAAAUCUAUAGUAUAUAUUUUUAUAUGUUCGUUCAAGUCGGAUUAUUCGGACAAAUUGUAUGAUUAAUAUGAGAAAAGUAAACACCAUUUAUUAUUGUUGAA